ACUCAAGAGUGUGGUUGUGAAAACAUCCUCAUGUGAUACCCUUUGUCAACUUGUGAUUUAUCUUUCUGUUUUCAGUACUGCUAUAUUCGUGCUGUUUGUGUUUAAAGUUUGGAUUUUUUACAGCAAGAUCUGGAAUCCCAUCUGCCAUCACUGUCACACACCUAAUCCAAAGCCUCGUUGCAUUGUCCAUUUGAUUCUUGUAACAGAGACCUCUCUGUGCUCCAACACAAAAUUUAUUUCUUUAUUUAGGCUCCAUGUUUGAAUUUGUGUGCCUGGUCAAUGCAUCCAUCUAUCGACUUUGGAGAAAAAACUGCAUUAAUUCCUUGAUUAUUUUUAAUUAUUACAGAAAAUAUAAUCAUCACAGAAAAGAGGUCUACGUCCAUGUCAUGCCCCACAAGUAAGAAGAGUAGAUCAAAACUAGGAAAAUUUAUUGAUGGAGGGGGCAUCAUCCUUGAUGCUGACCUUUGUAUCCUAACCUUACAUUUUGGUCUAAUGGGAGGGUUACAGAACCAGAAAUGAAAGGGGGAAAUGCGAUUUAAACAUUCAAAUAGCACUGUUCAGUUUCCAUCUUCGCCACUGUUUCUUUUGUUACCAUUUAUAAGCAAAUUUUUGUCAGUCUUCCCAUGUGUAGCAGUGUAGCUAGAGAGAUCAGGGUUUGUACAAUUUCCUUGCAGGGGUGGGUCCAUGACAUGUUGAUAUGGAUGUUACUCGUAUGAAGAGUCAUCCUUGGCCAACAAACAACUUUCACAGCUUGCAAUUCACAUGACUGGCUAGCCAUUCCUAUGAGCUGAAAUGGGUGACAUCUCUUUACUUCAAAACACCUCAGGUGGGUUACUUACUGAUGGAGCUGAUGAGAGAGUGAAAAUGUUGCUUAAGUACUUCAAAUCAGAAGAAGACAUGGGAUGUGGUGAUAGUUUUGCUGAGAGAGCUGAAUGGUACUACCAGAAACGCCCUCAACUUCUUGCUUCGCUUCAAGACUUGUACAAUGGGUACACAAUCUUGCUGGACAGAUGCAAUAGAAUGGAGAAGGGCAAGAGACUUAGCAAACAUCUCUCUUCUCCAAUGUCAAUCACCUCUGAUGAUGAUCAAGAUCAAGAAGACAGUCGUGGAUCUAGCAGCUGCCAGUUUCUUGAUUGGGAUGCUGAGAGCUCACUGUCUUACCAACAACCACCGACCCCUUUUCAAGAUGGAAGUAAUACCAUUCUUGGCAUUGAUGAGAUUGUAGCGGAUCUGGUAAUGAAGAAUGUAGGGAAUGACAUAUUAGCAGACCAGCUUAGUGACAUGGAGAAGCAGCAGCUAGGUCAAGAAUCAAUAUGGAGGAAAGUAGAGUUGUUAAAGAAACUUCUUGAGGUGUUAGAGUCAGAGAGGAUAGUGUUACUGAAUGAGAAUGUUAGAUUGGGGUACAAAAUGCAAGCUUUAUUGGAAGAAAACAAAGGGUUGUCAUCUGAGGCUAUGUUCAUGAAGAGGAAAGCUGGUGAGCUUGCUAGUUGUGUGUUAAAGAUGAGGGAGGAUCACAGGGUUUGUAUGCUAACUAGGAAAAUUGAGGAUCUUCAAGGGCAGAUAUAUGGGUUGGAGAUGAGAAACAAGGAGUACUAUCAACAGUUGUUGAAGAAAGAGGAGCAUCAGGAAGAUAAAAUUAGCAGCAGCAAAGAUGGUGGGGUGGCUUUUGUGGGUUGUUGCUUCCAACUGGAGAAGCUGAAGUUGAAGAAAAAGAAUGAAGCAUAUGUUGGGAAUGGUGGAUGGUCAAAAUGGUGGAGCAAGGUCAAGAACAUGGACAUGUUUUUGUGUGGCUUUCAGUGUUCCCCUUGACAUGGCGUGGCUAGUUUCCAGACAGCUACCACCUCUGCAUCAGAUGGAGUUACAGGCAGCUGAUAUCAUCAAAUUACAUGGCUGAAAACUCAUCAAGUGGUGGUUCUUCUAUGGCUUCAGCUCCAGCUAGAUCAGAUGAUCCAGCAUGGGCUCAUGGGCAAGUGGUUGUUGGUACAAAGAACUCAAGUAUAUGUGUUCAUUGUAGCAAAAUGAUCAAUGGUGGUGGUAUUACUCGUCUGAAGCAUCACCUUGCUGGUAUUAAGGGUCAAGUUGAAGCUUGUAAAAAGGUUCCUCUAGAUGUGAAAUGGCAAAUGAAGCAGUUGAUAGAGGACUUAACAAUGGAGAAAGAGAAAAGAAAGAGACUUAAAACUGAUAUUGGAAAUUCUCAAUCACUUUUCAAUGAUGAAGUCGAAGAGGGUGGUAGUGCAAAUCCUACUUUAAGUGAUAUCGGUUCAAAUGCAACUAAGAGAUUGACAAUGCAAGGCACAAGUGCAAAUAGAAAAAAGAUGACCUCAUUCGUUCCACGAACUACCCUAAGUUCACAACCUAGCAUUAAAAGUGCAAUGGCUUCUAAAGAGAAGAAACAUAAUGCAAGGAAGGUCAUGGCAAGAUGGUGGUAUGAUGUUAAUGUACCAUUUAAUGGUGCUAAAUCAUACUUAUCAACCAAUGAUAGACGUCAUAGCAUCAAUGGGACCUGGUUUUAAAGGACCAUCAUAUCAUGAUUUAAGGGGACCACUUUUGAAAGAUUUAGUUCAUGAUGUCCAUGAAUACCUCUUUGAAAUCAAGGCUGAUUGGAAACUUUAUGGAUGCUCCAUUAUGACAGAUGGGUGGUCAAAUAGAAGGAAUGUACCAAUUGUGAAUUUUCUUGCUUAUUCUCCAAGAGGUACCAUAUUCUUGAAGUCAUUUGACACUUCGGGUCUUCGAAAAGAUAAAGAGACAUUGCUUGAAAUGUUUGAUGAAGUUGUCAAAGAAGUGGGGCAAGAAAAUAUUGUCCAAUUUGUUAGUGAUAAUGAGGCUGCAUUCAAGGCUGCUGGGAAGGCUUUACAACAAAGGUAUGGCACUUUCUUUUGGUUUUCUUGUGCUGCCCAUUGCAUUGAUUUGAUGUUAGAAAAUAUUUCUGAUCCAAGAUAUUUUCAGAUGAUUGAUGAAACCAUUAAGAAGGCAAGAAACAUAACCAAAUUUAUAUAUAAUCAUGCAUGGGUUUUAGCUUUGAUGAGGAAAGACUUUACUAAUGAAAAUGAUCUAUGUCGUCCUGGCAUUACAAGGUUUGCUACCCAUUUUUUAAGCAUCCAAUGUUUACUUAAGUUUAAGAAAGAACUUCGACAAAUGUUUACUUGCAUGAAAUGGAUAGAAUCAAGUCAUGGUAAAAGUAAAGUUGGAAAGGAAAUAACUGCCAUAAUUUUACAAGAUAAAGACUUUUGGCCUCGAUGUGAACAUAUAGUCAAAGUUAGUGAGCCUUUAGUACAAGUUCUUCGGUUAGCAGAUAGUGAAGAAAAACCAUCAAUGGGUUAUUUAUAUGAGGCAAUGGAUAAAGCAAAAGAAGCCAUUAAGACAAGGUUGAAAAAUAGAGUAUCUCAAUAUGGACCAUAUAUUCGGGUAAUUGAUGCUAGAUGGGAUAAGCAACUUCAUAGUCCAUUACAUGCAGCAGGUUGUUUUCUUAAUCCUGGAAUCUAUUUUAGGCCUUCUUUUUCAAAACAAAAGGAGGUUACUCGAGGUUUGCUUAGCACAAUUACUAGAUUGGUCCCUGAUUGUGACACUCAAGAUGUAAUUAGUGGCCAACUUAAGGAGUAUAAGAAAGCAACUGGUGAUUUUGGCAUGCCUCUAGCUAUUCGUCAAAGAGAAAAGUUAAAUCCAGGUAAUAACAUUUUAUUUUUUAAAUAUAAUAUUGUUUUGUAUUUAUAAUAUCUGAUUUAUUAAACUUUUGUCUUAUCUAGUUGCAUGGUGGGAGCAAUUUGGCAAUGAUACUCAAGAACUUCAAAAGUUUGCAAUUCGAAUUCUUAGUCAAUGUUGUAGUGCAACUGGGUGUGAAAGAAAUUGGAGUAUAUUUGAAUUCAUUCAUUCUAAAAGGCGCAAUAGGCUAGAGCACAAGAGAUUGAGUGAUCUAGUAUUUGUUCGUUAUAAUUUAAGGAUUCAACAGAGGAAUUUGAGCAAAACAAGGGAUGCUUUAGAUCUCAUUAGCCUCGAUAACAUUGAUCUAUUGAAUGAAUGGAUUUGUGAAGAACCUAACCUUCUUAAUGGAGAUGAUAUAAGUUGGGAGACUAUAGAAGCACCUUUGCCUACUUUGACUUUAGAGGAUGAAGAGACAUGUUUUGAUGAAGAGAAUGAGCUUGGUGGAAAUGAUCAACUAUUGAAAUGUCUAGUUGAUGACUUUCCCUACAUACCACCACAAGAUCAAGAUCCUUAUUUCUAUGUUAAUGAUGGAGAUGAUGUUUGAUUUAUGUUUCUUUUGUGUUAAAACAUUUUACUUUCAUAAUAUUUUGGUAUUUUGUUUAAGUUGAAUUACUUUAAGACUUUAAGUUAAAGUUCU